GUUUGAUUUUGUAUAUCGAAGUCCUCCUCCCGCCCAUAUAUGCAAGCUCUCUCAGAAACAUCUUCUCAGUCGCAAGGGCACAACCCAACCGUCCCUUAGAGAGAGAGAGAGAGAGAGAGGGAGAGCGAGCGAGCGAGCCCCGAGGAGCGAUGACUUCCCCGCGCUCCACCACCACUUGCACCGCUCGCCGAAACCCUCCGCGCCGCGCAAGGGAACCCCCUUCCUCUUCCUCCUCCUCCUCCUCCUCCACCGUCGCCGUCGCCGGCGCCGCCGCCGCCGCCCCCACACAAAUCGCACCUUUCCCCCUCGACGACCUCCUCCUCCCCUCCUCCUCCUCCUCCUUCCCCCCUCCCCAACCCUAUUCCAAUACCUCCGACGCCUCCCUCAACCUCAGGGUAUUCCUCCGCGUCCGCCCCCUCGACGCCGCUCCUCGUCCCCGCCGCAACCCUAGCGGCGCCGACUCCAAGCUCUUACGAGGACGGAGCGCGCCGCGCCCCAAAGUGGCCAAAGGGAAGAGCGGCGUUUGCUUAAUCGUCAACUCUGCAAGCUCCGUCACGCUCUCGGCCCCGCCGCCGUUGUCGUCGACGUCCGCGCUGCUCGAUUCUAAGCGGAUCAAGAGCGAGGUUUACAAUGGGUUCUCUUUUGUCUUCCCACCGGAGUCUCGCCAGCCAGAAGUUUUUGAUAGGGUAAUGGAUCCUUUAUUGGUGGACUUUAUGAGUGGAAAGAGUAGUCUCUUGGUUGCAAUGGGACCAACCGGUUCUGGAAAGACACAUACAAUGUUCGGGUGCCCAAGGGACCCGGGUAUGGUGCCGCUUGCGCUAAAAAAGAUUUUUAGUUAUGCAGUUGGAAAUGCAGCUCGAACUACAGAUGAUAACUUUCCAAGAACGUAUUACAUAUCAAUGUUCGAGAUAUAUUCUGAACGGGGGAAAGGAGAGCGGAUUCUUGAUUUAUGUCCUGAUGGAGUGGAUCUUUCCAUUCAUCAGUUGACAAUCAAAGGUCUUAGAGAGGUGAUGAUUUCAACUCUUGCCGAGGCAGAGAGUCUAGUUGCAUGUGGCAUGCUAAAACGUACUACUGCUGCAACAAAUGCAAACAGCCAGUCAAGUCGAUCCCAAUGUAUCAUUAAUAUUCGUUGUGAUCGGAAAAGCUUACUUGAUGGAAAUGAUCUUUCUUUGGGUAGUGCCGUUCUUACAAUAGCAGAUCUUGCCGGAGCAGAGCGAGAAAAGAAAACAGGAAAUCAAGGCUCAAGAUUGUUGGAGAGUAACUUCAUAAACAAUACAUCAAUGGUUUUUGGUCUGUGUCUACGAUCUUUAUUAGAACACCAGAAAAACCCAAGGAAACCUUUGCAGAAGCACUUCAAGAAUUCUCUGUUGACUAGGUACUUGAGAGAUUACUUGGAAGGUAGAAAGCGGAUGACUUUGAUUUUAACAGUAAAACCUGGGGAAGAUGAUUACCUUGAUACAUCAUUUUUGCUCCGAAAGGCGUCGCCUUAUAUGAAAAUAAAGUAUUCUAAUCUUGAUGAUUUCUCUGGUCUGUCUUCUCAAAAAAGAAGUAAUUUGACACUUAUUUGCCCCGAGAAUUUUAAGAGAAGAAAGCUUAAUGACCUUGAAUUGGCUGUUGAAAAUUGUGACGCAAGUGCAAAUGAGGAUUCCCGAGAAUCUAAGCGAGACAUUGUAGUUGAUGAUUCAGAGAAGCUUCAAGAGAUUGAACCAUCACAAGUUUUAAACAGUUCUUCGGAGUCUCUUGCAACAUUGGAUAGUAAAGUAGGACAUUAUGAUGACCUCUAUGCACAAUUGCAACGAGUCACCAGGAAUGAAAUGAUCAUGAGAAAUUUCGCCAAGGCUUUAUGGCAAGUUCUAAAGCAGUAUAAACAAAAACUUCUGGAAUCUGAGGGUGCCAUUGAAAUUCUAAAAGAAACCAUUGGAAAGAAGGACAACGAAAUCAUGGAACUGCAAAAGAAGUUGGAGGAAUUGAGUUCAUAUUCUUCAUGCCAAAUGCCUCUUUUUGUUGAAGAAUUUUCUUGUCGAGUGGAUGACCAGUCAACUUGUCAUGCAACUAGGCCACAGACAGCGAAUUCAGAUACUGCUGAUUCAGUUGCUUCAUCUGAUUCAAGAUGGCAAAACAAUGUUGAGCCUAUUGAGCAGGGAAGUAAGAAUGUUCUCAGCAGAGAUUAUGGUGGCAAAAACAUAGAAUUUGGAGAAUCAGGAGUCUGGGAGAUUUCCUGUCCUGUUGAUUUGACAGAAUCUGCUAAUGAUCCUUUGAUUGGCUCUGAGGAAACCUGUGUUGAAGCGGAAGGUGUAGCAAGCAAUGAUACCGCAUCAGAUUUGCAUCAGAUUGGACAUAAGGAAGAGGUAAACAAUUCUAAUACUGAUUGCUCAUACUCUCUUGUUUUGGAGAGCCCAAAGCAUCCGGCUAAAGUUCAAUGUUCAGAGAGGUUACUCUAUGAGCCUCAUGGCUACCAAGAGAUAAAUCAAGAACACAAUGAUUCUAAAGGGCUAAAGUCUGCACAAUCUGAGUCAAUGUGCAAUGGAAGUUCAAAAGCAGAUGAUGAUGAGGGCAUUUUAUCUUUGUCAGGGAAUAAAGGACCAAUUUUAGCAAAUGAUUCUAAGCGGCCAUUGGGUUCAGAUGUUUUACUUAAUGAGGAUCCUGAGACUAAAAACGAAUUCCAAGUGAAGGAACUUCCCGAAAGAGAGAAGCAUGAUUCUACUUCCAAACCUUGCAAUGUGAAGAAAUCAAAAAGAAGAUUGUUACCAGCUUCAACAAUGCUGCUAAAAGAAUUUACUGGUCCCGAUAUAGACACAGAUAAACCAAAGCAGGAACGACCAAAGGCUUCUGCGGAGGGAACUGGAAGGUCUAAUGGUAGCAUCUCACUUAUUCGACUGUUGAAUGCUCUUCCCAAAUAGCAAAGUUAGGCAUUGGUAUUUGCCCAAAUAAAAUAUUUUUGGCUGUGACUAUUGUCGAUAGUUUUUUGUUGUCUUUUUAACUCGGAAAGAGUUAUGGUGCUAAUUACAGGGAGAAACUUUCGCUUAUGCUUGAUACUUCUGUAUAUCAUAAGCGCACUGCCUCUGUAUGUCCUCUAUUCCAUCAUAUAGCCUUUCCUCUGUUAGAGAGCUUCGAUAGACUUCACUUUGUUAAAAAGCUUUUUUAUAUGCAGUGGAUUGCUGAUAGAGGCUGAAGCAUAUGAUGAACAGAUGCAUUUGUUUUUUAUAUUGCAAGGUGCAUGUAAAUUUAUAGCUAGCUGAGUUUACAUUAGCGAUAUCUCAUCAUCUACCAUUAUGACAUAUUGCACCAUGUUGUGUAUGUAAGUUUGCAAUUUUAGUUUAUUUUCUCCAAA